CCCGGAGUCGCAGCUGGAAGAAGACAUGGAGCAGCUGACGGUGUCGGGGACCGGGCGACGGCGGUCACCACGCCUGCAGGCUAAAGCGAAGGAGACACGGCCGUCAGGCUCGACAGAUGCGGCAGAAGCGGAGGACGCUGGUCGCAAGAGCACAGCGAGCUCGUCGCGUCCUCGGGCCGACCAGUUCUGCGUAUACAACACAGGCACGACUCGAAGCGCUCAGGACCACAUUGCGGCCUUCAUCCUGGAGUACAAGGCGCCGCACAAGCUCCCGCUCGGCUACAUCUACGAAGGGCUGGGCGAGAUGGAACUCGACGAGGUAGUGCAGUGCCGUGACGACGAGACGCUGAGAGACCGCUUUCGCCGGCUGGUCGCCGCGGUCAUCACGCAAGCGUUCUCCUACAUGGUCCGGAUCGGGGUGGAGUAUGGGUGCGUGUGCACGGGCGAAGCGUACAUCUUCCUGCGAGUGGGAGACGACCCCAGGACGGUGCACUACUUCCUCUCGGUGCCAAAGGGCGACGUGGGAGAGACGACGGGGUGGACAGCCGGCUCGGAGGGUGCGAACCGGUUGCACCUAACCGCGGUGGGCCAGAUGCUGGCCUUUACCCUCCAGGCGCUGAAGACACCGCCGCGGUCGCAGCGAUGGCGGACUAAGGCGGCGGCGCAACUGCACAGCUGGGAGGUGGUGUACGACGAGCUGCUGGACGCGAUCCCCGAAGGCACGACGCAGUCGUCGGAGUACCAGCCUCCAGAGGACAACAGCUUUCUUCGCAUGUCGCCUGUGCAGCUGCGCGGCGGAAGAGCGAAGCACAGCUCGCCCAGCUGCCGGCAGGCGGAGCAGCGGCACGAGGCCAGCGACGAUGAGCCAGAGUCGGAGCCUGAUCCGGACACGCCGAGCCGACAGCUGUCGUUAUCGCAGCAUUCCUCGCGCACGCAGAAGACACGCGCUAGCUCAUCAAGCGGUCGCAAGCGCGAGCGCAGGCGUGGCCAGGGAGCAGAAGACGGCCAAUACUGCACGCAGGAAUGCUUGCGCGGGCUCGCGGAGGGCG